AAGACACAAAAAAAAAGGCACUUCAAGCAACAUAUGGAAGAAAAGGUCAAUUUUCUUUGAUCUCCCAUAUUGGAGGGUUCUUGAUGUCAGACAUUGUUUAGAUGUUAUGCAUGUAGAGAAAAAUGUUUGUGAUAGUAUUAUCGGAACACUCCUCAAUAUUCAAGGGAAAACGAAAGAUGGACUCAAUGCUCGCUUGGACCUGGUUGAAAUAGGUAUAAGAGAACAAUUAGCUCCAAUAUCACAUGGUAAGCGGACAUACUUGCCUCCAGCAUGUCACACAUUGUGUAAACAAGAAAAAAGAAGUUUUUGUGAAUUUUUACAAGGUGUGAAAGUUCCACUGGGUUACUCUUCUAAUUUUAAACGAGUUGUAUCCAUGAAAGAUCAUAAAUUACUUGGGUUAAAAUCUCAUGAUUGUCAUGUAUUGAUGCAACAACUACUACCAGUGGCUAUUCGGGGCAUAUUGCCUAAGAAUGUUAGAUACACAUUAACAAGAUUGUGCUUCUUUUUCAAUGCAAUAUGUAGUAAAGUUAUUGACAUUAAGAAGUUGGAUCAACUAGAAAAUGAGGUUGUGGUCAUAUUGUGUCAGUUGGAGAUGUACUUUCCUCCAUCAUUCUUUGAUAUUAUGGUGCACUUAAUUAUUCAUCUAGUAAGAGAAGUUAGAAUUUGUGGUCCAGUAUUCUUACGAUGGAUGUACCCUAUUGAGCGAUACAUGAAGAUAUUAAAAGGUUAUGUAAAGAACCAAUAUCAUCCUGAAGCAUCAAUCGUUGAAAGAUAUAUUGCUGAGGAAGCUAUCGAGUUCUGUACAGACUACUUAUCAGAUGUUGAAGCUAUAGGGGUACCUAGGUCUCGUUACCAUGGAAGAGGUGUCGGUAAGGGUACUAGAAGUGCAAAAGUUGUCACCCUAAAUAGAGCUGAAAUUCUACGAGCACAUAUGUAUAUAUUGAAUAACACUGAAGAAGUCAUCCCCUACUUAAGUGCUCAUAAAGAUAUAGUUAAGAGAAAUAAUCCACGAAUGCCUCAAAAGUGGGUCAUUAAUGAACACAACAGAACCUUUUUAAAGUGGUUCAAACAACAAGUUCAAGCUGACCGUACAAGUUCUGAUACAUUAAAUUGGCUAUCAAGUGAGCCAAACUUUGAUGUCAUAUGUUGGUGUGGGUAUGAUAUAAAUAACUACACAUUUCAUACACAAAAAGAAGAUGAAAAAAGCACCACUCAAAAUAGUGGAGUAAUGGUUGUGGCCGAGUCAAUGCAUUUCUCGAGUUCAAAGGACAAAAAUCCUGUGAUGGCAUCCAUGUGCUACUUUGGUGUAAUUACAGAUAUUUGGGUGAUAGAUUACACAAGUUUCAGAGUACCUGUUUUUAAAUGUAAAUGGGUUGAUGGUAAUACUGGCGUGAGGACCGAUGAUCUAGGUUUUACAUUGGUUGACCUAGAAAAGGAAGGUUAUACUGAAGAGCCAUUUAUCAUGGCGUCUCAGGCAAAACAAGUGUUUUAUGUCACUGAUCCCGAAGACAAUAGAUGGUCAGUGGUGCUCCAAGGUAGACCAAUGCAUUAUACUGAUGACAAUAAUGAAGUUGUUCUUGAUAUUAGUGAAACUCCAUCUUUCUCAUCAAAUAUGCCAACCUUGAAUGUCGAUAAUGAAGUAGACGACGUCCAUGCCAUACGUGAUGAUCAUCACGAAGGGUUGUGGGAGAACAUUGCAACUUGACAAUAGAAAUGUCUAGUGACGCACCAUCUGGUGACCUCCCACCUUCACAAGGUGCGGAUGACAUUCAUACGUCUACCCGAAAAAAAGGUAGGUCUGGGACAAGGUUGAGAGAGUUGGUAGCCACCCGCAACGCUGAUCAUAGGCUUCCCAUUCAUUUUGAUAUGCAAACAUGUAAACCAUUGGGAGAAAAUAGCACGAAAUUCAUUAGUUAUGUGGCCUUGCUCGGUAGAAGCAAGGCAUCCAUUCUUUGUGAUGAUUGGGAUCAUGUUCCAGAGAAUGUGAAGAACCAGAUAUGGCAAAGCAUCCUGGUCACAUAUGACGUCCCAAACACUAAUCUAUUAAGGACAAAAUGGAUUUCAUAUGUCGGGGAAAGAUGGAAGAAUUUCAAGACUAUGCUUACAAGUCAUUAUAUUUAUGGCUCCAAAACUGAUAAAAACCCUUGUGAAAAGUAUCAAUUUCUUGAUGAGGAAACAUGGCAAGCCUUUAAGUUGAAGCGAUUAGAUCCUGUAUUUCAGGCUAAGAGGAGAGUUGCACAAGAGAUUGCAAAGAAAAAUGUCCACCCUCAUAUAUUGUCUCGUGGGGGUUAUGAGAAAUUGGAGCAGAAGAUGAUGAAAGAGGCAUCUGCCUCUAAUCCUAUUGGGGCCUCCGAUACGAGUACCAUAACUCGUCUUCCACGCCAUGUUACAUGGAAGAGAGCUCGUCAAAGACCAUCUGGGGAGUACACAUCUGAGGAAACCGCGAGCAUAGCUAGGCGCAUUGAUGAGUUGGUCGAGCAGAGCACACAAGGUACAUUCACUCCCGAGGGCCGUGAGGACAUAUUGGCAGUUGCCAUUGGUCGUCCAGAGCAUUCUGGACGUGUUCGAGGUGUUGGUAAAUUUAUUGGCAUUCGUCAAUUCUUUGGUCCUCCAACAAGUCAUCAUAGUAAAGCCCAUGUCAGUGAGGAGGUCCUCAAGGGUAUAAGAGAAGAAAUUAGACAGGAGAUGAGGGAGGAGAUCAGCGAGAUGAAGAAAGAGUACGGUGAUAUGAGAGCACAAUUGAAGAAGGAGUACUCUGAUAUGCGGGCACAAUUGUUAGCAGAUGUGCGAGCAGAAUUAGCCUCCUCCUCAAGCCAACCUAGGAAUCUUCCUCAACCUUCUCAUCCUUGUAUAAGCACAAAGGAGAGUUGUGAUGUUUCUCCUCAAAACGCUUCUCCCACUAUUGAUGCAGACUAUGAGUUGUUUAGUGAUGAUGCCCUACAGUGCUUGGUGGCCUUAGGUAAAAUGUAUACAUUGGGGUCAACCAUACACCAUGAAACCAUUACAGCUGAUAUGAUGAGAGUUGUGGUUGUAGACAUACGAAAUGCUACAGCUCGAGUCCCUGUGCCCACUGAGGAUGUUCAGACAGUGGGACAGGCCCUUGGAAAUUUUAUCCUUUGGCCCCUUAGAUUAUCAAGAGCAAUUGUAAAGAAGGUUGAAGCACAAGGGCAGGAAGAUAUGAAUGAAUCACUACAACAACAAUUGCAGUCGCCACAACACAUAAUUCUAGAACAACUUGGUGUGUUGGCAGUGAAGAUCUCCCUUUCUCCUAUAGAGUUAGAAAUGCCUCCUGAAGUCACAAACAGGAAAUCUUCACUCUCUUUCUUCAUAUGUCAAAGGGAUAUUUUUGAAAUUCUCUCUGGCACUGAUAUGUUAUGUAUAUCAGUACUACAACUUUGGUUGUUGUAUUUACAUCGGUUGACCAUUGAAAAGAAGAAUGAUCACAUUUAUGGUUUUAUUGACCCUGUUGCCAUUCAAGGAGUUGGGAAUAAAGGUGAAGAGGUCCAAAACUACCUCUUAGAGGCUUUUGUAAACGGAAAAAAGCAAGUGUACUUAGCACCUUAUUUGCAACAGGGUCACUGGCAAUUGUUACUAAUUCUUCCUCAACAGUUUCUUGUAGUUCUCUUAUGUUCAUUGCACAAAAAACCUCACACUUUGGCAAUUAAAAAUACACUAAUAUUAGUGGUUGAGGCAUAUUCAAGGUUGCAGGGAACACAUAUCCUCUCUAGAAAGAAGUUGCAGUUCAUUGCACCAACUUGCUCACGUCAACCGGGAAGCUUUGAGUGCGGAUAUUAUGUCAUGAGGCACAUGCAGAAAAUUAUAUCCGCAAAUGUCGUUGACUCAUGGAAAUUGAUAUUUGAUGACACGUCUCCAAUGGAACAACAUGUCAUAAAGGAUGUUCGGGAGCAAUGGGCUGCAUUUCUUUUAACCAUUUGUAAAUGAUUGGAUGUUUCAAUAUUACAUUUUGUGUUUAGGAACUAUUUUAUGUGUACUAUGUUAGGUAAAUAUAGUUAGAAACUUUGUUAGGUAGAUAUUAUAUUUUGAUGUGUUGAUGAAAACAAUAUUGAUUA